AUGAUCGGCAUCGAUGAGGCAUAUGCCCACGAUGAUGAAGGAUAUGGCAGUGCCCCCCCCCAUCCCCGGUGGCCAUGCGUAGUUCCCCCCCCCACCAGCGAUGACAUAUUAGGAGCAUUGACACAGGAGCAGCGCCAGCAUCCCGACCGAACGUUCCCCGAAUGGGUCACAUAUUUGGUGGAUUUAUUCAUGGUUCGUGGGACCAAUGGCCCCGUCCAGUGGUGGUUAGAUUUACGUACGUACGGACGGACGAUAUUUAUGAAUACCCCCAGCGAGGGUCAUAUCGGGUGGAAGUCCGGAGAUGAAUUGUUGUACAAACAGAUCCAUUUUACCAUGGGCCAUUUCCGCGGAUUUGUGCAUGGGUUGGUUGGCCGGUUACGGCAGCAGUUGGUCCACGAGUUGAUGUUUUGCACCGAUCACCCGCCCCCAGCCAUCCCGUGGGAUCAUUUGUACGAUGAUGCCACGCAGAGUGCCACCGGAUGGAGUUUUUUACAGGAUUUACGUACAUCGUGGCCGGUCCAGGGUCCGACGUGGUUCAUGGAGCGUAUCCGCCACGAGCCCCGAUUACAGCGUCAGUUUGUACAGUCCCACGGGGCCGGGUUCCGGAUGCCCGCCAUCGAUCGGUUUUUUCGAGUGGUGAGCCAGUUCCGUGAGCGGUUAAGCGUGGCCGUCCAUGUUUGUGCCGGUCAACCCAGCCGGGGUCCCGAGUUAAUGAGCAUCCGGCAUCGUAACAGUGAGCGAGAGCGCCGCAAUAUAUUCAUUGAGGAUGGCAUGGUCACAUUUGUCAGUCGAUACCAUAAGGGGUUCCAUGUGGCCAAUGAUACCAAGGUGAUUUUCCGAUAUUUACCCCGGGAGAUUGGUGAGUUGGUCAUAUGGUAUUUAUGGUUAGUAUUGCCAUUUGUGGAGCAGAUGCAGUCAUAUCAGCGGCAUAUACGGGGCGAAGCCGCCACCAUCGGUCGACGGGCCGAGUAUGUAUGGUCCCCGGAUCCCGAUCGGCAGACCGAGUGGAGUAGCGUCCGGUUACGGGAGGUAUUGAAGCGCGAGACCGCGAUUGGAUUGGAUGGGCAGAAGUUGGGAUUACAGGCAUACCGUGACAUCGCCAUCGCCAUCAGCCGGCGGUAUUUACGCCCCAGCAGUCAGUUCCAGGCCAACACCGAGGAGGAGGCCCCCGACAUUGACGACGAGACAUCCAUGGAUGAUGAUGGGAUCCGAGCAUUCAUUGCGGAUAUCCAGGCCGCGCAUUCCGCCAGCAUUGCCGGGACGCAAUAUGGCCGGAUGAUGAUGGAGAAUCCCAACACCACGGCCCGGCACCGCGAGUUAUUCCGCCAGGUGAGCCAGGAUUGGCAUUAUUUUUUAGGAUUCGAGUCCACCCGUAUCGAACAUGACCGCCGGGCCCCCGGCACCAAGCGUAAGCCCAACCCAUGGGAAGUCGAAACGGCCGAGGCCCGUACGCAGCGUCGAUAUGAUUUACACCAGACCAACAUAGACGAGGCAUUCCAGCACAUGAUGGGGAGCAACACCGUAGCAUUGCGGGGGCAACAGGGUCCCGUAUUACAAGCCAUCAAGCAUGGGGUAAGCCCCAUUGUGGCGGUCAUGCCCACCGGGGGAGGUAAGAGUGUGUUGUUUAUGUUGCCCGCGUGGGUGAGUGGCCGUGCCGGGUUAACCAUCGUGGUUGUUCCAUUGAUUGCAUUACGCGGUGACAUGGAAGCACGAUGCCAGCGAUUGGGGAUUUCAUGUGCGGUAUGGGACCCCCGACGGCCACCCGAUGGGGUAUCCAUCGUAUUGAUCACGCCCGAGAGCACCGACAGCGAUGCAUUUGCCGAUUUUGUGACCCGGCAGCGGAUGUUACAGCGAUUAGAUCGGAUUGUGGUGGACGAGUGCCAUAUGGUAUUAAGUCAACAGGAGCGAUUCCGGCCAUUAUUCCAGCAGUUGGGCAAGUUACGAACCGCAGCCACCCAGAUCGUGAUGUUGACCGCGACAUUGCCCCCCCGCAGCGAGGAAUUAUUAUUCCAUCGGAUGCAUUGGGUCCGGGAUCAAGUGGUAUUAUAUCGGGGCCACACCAGCCGGCCCAAUAUCGCAUAUCGUGUCCAUACGAUCCCCGUAGACGAUGGAUAUGACCAUCCGUUCCAGUGGGUGCAGAUGCGGAGUGUGAUCCAGUUCAUCCAGGACCGUGUUCGCCGAGCGUACCCCGGCCGGGUGAUCAUAUAUGCCACCGUCCGGGCCCAUGUCACCGCAUUGGCCGAGUUAUUAGGUUGUGCCGCAUACCAUAGCAAGCAGGUGGACAAGGAAGGGAUUUUGGCAUCAUUCCGCCACCAGGCCGGGGCGGUGAUCACGGCCACCAGUGCGUUAGGGAUGGGGAUUGAUAUCCCCGAUAUCCGCAGUGUGAUCCACGUUGGUCAGCCCCGGACCAUGUUAGAUUACGCGCAGGAAAGUGGGCGGGCCGGGCGUGAUGGACAGCCCAGCGAGGCGAUUAUCAUCCAGGCCGAGGGUCAGACGAUGGGGCGGGAAUGCCGUCCGUUUUGGAUGCACGAUGCGCCCCCGGACGACCAUGCCCAUGUUGUUGAGUAUAUGGAGGCGGCGGUGACGGGUUGCCGGCGAGUGAUAUUGGAUGGGUAUUUGGAUGGACCCAUCGAGGAAUACCAACGACAGCGAUGUGGUGAUCGGGUGGUCGAGUCCGCAUGUGAUGGAUGUAUGCCCAAUUGGGAAGACCAGGAGUCCCGGAUUGGAUCCGCGUCCCCCGUUAUCGCCGAUGACCCGAUGGUUGAUGUUGGGGCGGUUGAGCCGGUGAUGGCCGGCCCGACGGAGGAUAUUCCCAGCACCAUGGCCCGGGCCGUACCAAUCGCCAUCCAGCAUACAUUUCGGCAACAGGAUAUCCAACGGGCCGAAUUAUGCCAGCAGGCGGAUGGGAGGGCCGGUCAGCAAUAUGAGGAUGAAGAGUUUUUGAUCCGUGAGAUUGAGAAGUGGGUUGAUCGUUGUUGGACAUGCAGCCAAGGAGGCCGUGACGAUGGACAUGAGAUGUGGAAGUGUUGGUAUGGUGAAGGGGGCAGCGGCAAGAUUGCGCAGGCCAGUAAGGAUUGGAUGGUCAAGAUUCGACGGCAGAUUUCGUACGAUGGGUUCACGGCGCAUUUUUGGUGUGGGAUGCCGCAGUAUAUAUGUCCGCGGAGCGAUCGGCGAACGGAGCAUAGUCCGCAGACGGUCCAGGCAUGUGAUGGAUAUCGUACGGCAUUGAUUCCGACGAUUGCGAUGAUGGUGCAUGGGCCCCAUGCCAAUGCAGUAAUCCGAGAACGGUGGUUCCAGCGAUUGAGUGAGCAUGGGGUGGAUAAUAUCCGGGCGAACGAUACAGAGUUGAUUCGGUAUUUGGGACAGAUGGCGCGGAAUUGUGGACGAAAGCGAGCGCAGAUUACGGAAGAGUUUAUUUGGUUACGGAGAGCAUAUCAAGGAGUUGAGCGUGGUGGGUAG